AUGGAAAUGCCCGGUAGAAGAUCUAAUUACACUUUGCUUAGUCAAUUUUCCGACGAUCAGGUCUCGGUUUCCGUCACCGGAGCUCCUCCGCCGCACUAUGACUCUUUGUCCAGCGAUAACAGGAGCGCGGGAAAAAAUAACAGCGGUAACAACGGGAAAACAAAGGCGGAGAGAGGCGGAUUCGAUUGGGAUCCUAACGUUGCUGAUCAUAGGUUGAGUAAUCAGCCGAAUCGAGUUGGGAAUAUGUAUUCUUCGUCCUUAGGGUUACAGAGACAAUCGAGUGGGAGUAGUUUUGGUGAGAGUUCUUUGUCUGGGGAUUACUAUAUGCCUACGCUUUCUACGGCGGCUAACGAGAUCGAAUCGGUUGGAUUUCCUCAAGAUGAUGGGUUUAGGCUUGGGUUUGGCGGUGGUGGUGGAGAUUUGAGGAUACAGAUGACGGCGGAUUCGGCUGGAGGGUCGGCAUCUGGGAAGAGCUGGGCGCAGCAGACGGAGGAGAGUUAUCAGCUGCAGCUUGCAUUGGCGUUGCGGCUUUCGUCUGAGGCAACUUGCGCCGACGAUCCGAACUUUCUGGAUCCCGUGCCGGACGAAUCUGCUUUACGGACUUCGCCUAGUUCAGCCGAAACCGUUUCACAUCGCUUCUGGGUCAAUGGCUGCUUAUCGUACUAUGAUAAAGUUCCUGAUGGGUUUUAUAUGAUGCAUGGUCUGGAUCCAUAUAUUUGGACCUUAUGCAUCGAUCUGCAUGAAAGUGGCCGCAUCCCUUCAAUUGAAUCAUUGAGAGCUGUUGAUUCCGGUGUUGACUCUUCGCUUGAAGCGAUCAUAGUCGAUCGGCGUAGUGAUCCAACCUUCAAGGAACUUCACAACAGAGUCCACGACAUAUCUUGUAGCUGCAUAACCACAAAAGAGGUUGUUGAUCAGCUGGCAAAACUUGUCUGCAAUCGUAUGGGGGGUCCAGUUAUGAUGGGGGAAGAUGAAUUGGUUCCCAUGUGGAAGGAGUGCAUUAAUGGUCUAAAAGAAUGCUUUAAAGUGGUGGUUCCCAUAGGUAGCCUCUCUGUUGGCCUCUGCAGACAUCGAGCUUUACUCUUCAAAGUGCUGGCUGACAUAAUUGAUUUACCCUGUCGGAUUGCAAAAGGAUGCAAAUAUUGUAAUAGAGACGAUUCUGCAUCGUGCCUUGUCAGGUUUGGGCUUGAUAGGGAGUAUCUGGUUGAUUUAGUAGGAAAGCCAGGUCACUUAUGGGAGCCCGAUUCCUUGCUAAAUGGUCCCUUAACUAUCUCAAUUUCUUCGCCUUUGCGGUUCCCGCGACCCAGGCCAGUUGAACCUGCAAUCGAUUUUAGGUCACUAGCCAAACAGUAUUUCUCCGACAGCCAAUCUCUUAAUCUGGUUUUCGAUCCUGCAUCAGAUGAUAUAGGAUUCUCAAUGUUUCAUAGGGGUGGAGAGAAUGACGUUUUGGCAGAAAAUGGUGGUGGGUCUUUGCCACCCAGCGCUAAUAUGCCUCCACAAAACAUGAUGCGUGCGCCAAAUCAAGUCCAAGAAGCAGUACCUAUAAAUGCCCCACCAAUCAAUCAGCCGGUUAGGGCAAAUAGGGAUCUCGGACUUGAUGGUGAUGAUAUGGACAUCUCAUGGUGUGAUCUUAAUAUAAAAGAGAGGAUUGGAGCAGGUUCCUUUGGCACUGUCCACCGUGCUGAGUGGCAUGGCUCGGAUGUUGCUGUGAAAAUUCUUAUGGAGCAAGAUUUCCAUGCUGAGCGUGUCAAUGAAUUCUUGAGAGAGGUUGCAAUUAUGAAACGCCUUCGUCACCCUAACAUUGUUCUUUUCAUGGGCGCUGUCACUCAACCUCCAAAUUUGUCAAUAGUGACAGAAUAUUUAUCAAGAGGUAGUUUAUACAGACUUUUGCAUAAAAGUGGAGCUAGGGAGCAAUUGGAUGAGCGACGGCGCUUGAGUAUGGCAUAUGAUGUGGCUAAAGGAAUGAAUUAUCUUCAUAAUCGCAAUCCUCCGAUUGUACAUAGAGAUCUAAAAUCUCCAAACUUGUUGGUCGACAAAAAAUACACAGUCAAGGUUUGUGAUUUUGGUCUCUCGCGGUUAAAGGCCAGCACAUUUCUUUCAUCGAAGUCAGCAGCUGGAACGCCUGAGUGGAUGGCACCAGAGGUCCUGCGGGAUGAGCAAUCUAAUGAGAAAUCAGACGUGUACAGCUUCGGGGUCAUCUUGUGGGAACUUGCUACAUUGCAACAACCAUGGGGUAAUUUGAAUCCGGCUCAGGUUGUAGCUGCGGUUGGUUUCAAGGGUAAACGGCUUGAGAUCCCGCGGAAUCUGAAUCCUCAAGUUGCAGCCAUAAUCGAGAGUUGUUGGACUAAUGAGCCGUGGAAGCGUCCAUCAUUUGCAACGAUAAUGGACUUGCUAAGACCAUUGAUCAAAUCAGCGGUUCCUCCACCCAACCGGUCGGAUUUGUAA